AUGCUGCAUGCUUCAUGCACCUUAAAAACAUGCUGCAUUAAGCACGGCUUCGAGUCCAACCUCCUCCUUCCUCUUUCCAAGCUUUCGCAUGUCAGGGACCACCUGAUCGAACAGCUGGGCGCAGACGUCUCUGUGCUCGAUCAGGAGGAGCAGACACCGGCACAGGUUGCAGCAAAGUUGAAGCACAAGGAAGUGUUCUGGGCUGUCAUCAAGCAUGGCAGCAUUGUCACCGAUGCCGAUGUCCUGCCAAAGGAGGUGCACUCUGUCCGGAGCAGGAGCAAGCGCAAGGUCCAGGCGAUGCCCACCGUAUCCUUGGAGGCCAUCAGCACAAGUUCGGACCUCCGGCACUGGGCGCCCUCGGAACUGCGUGAGCUGCUGGUAGCAAGCGGCCUCAAUCCAGGUGUCUACGGCCAUGAAGGUCACAAGACUUUGGAGGAUCUCCAAUCAGAGCUCCACACUUGCCAAAGUGAGCUGCUUUUGGGGCCUGGGAAGCGCAUCCGCCGUCGAGUGAAGCUUGUAAGGCUGCGCUUGCUCGCCAUCAUCGACGAGAGUGUCCGGGCUCUUGUGGAGGUCCAGUGCGAUGCUUGGUUGAGGGCAGCUGACCAAAAGCUCGGCAAGCUACCGUGCCGGCGUAUCCUCCGACAAGAGACCGUGGAGCAGGCCACCAAGGCGGGGACCUGA